AUGGCCAGCUCAUCACAUAACCCUGUGAUUCUUUUCAAAAGAGUUUUAUCACUUACGGAGAGCUCUCCUUUGAUUUUAUGUUUGGAUUCCAUGGCCCAGACGUCACACAGGCUAAUUCAAGAGUUUAUCCAUCAAAGCAAGAGCAAAGGCAACGAGUGCCCCGUUGUAUACAUUUCAUUUGAAACGGUAAACGUUCCAUCUUACUGCACUCAGUUUAUCGAUGCUGCCCAGAUGGAUUUCGUGCAUGUGGUGAGGCAAAUUACAUCAUAUUUACCGGCCGCUACUGCCACGCAGGCCAAGAAACACAUGGUUAUCAUAGAUUCCUUGAAUUAUAUUCCUACAGAUCUUAUAACAAGGUUUUUGUCCGAGAUUGCGUCGCCUCAUUGCACAAUAAUCGCUACGUAUCAUAAAGAUAUUACAGAUGAUGAUCAUGCGGUAAUACCUGGCGGAAAUAACAAUUAUCCGGAUAAGCUGACUCUACUACAGUUUAUGGCCACUACAAUUUUGGAUAUUGAAGUGGCAUUGGCUGGCAAUCUCGAUACCGAGGAGGUGGGUGAAUUAUUGAAUGAAUUUAGGAUUCCCCGUGGGCUGAAUAACGAAAUUUAUCAAUUACGCUUCGUCAAUAAAAGGAAGUCAGGCAGAUCACUCGAAUACGACUUUACGAUAGAUUCGAAGAACCACGAAUAUGAAUUAUCAUUGAGCACAAGGCAAGAGGAGGCGGACGGGGGUAAUGAACUGGAAACCCCCGAUAUGUUACAGGGGCUAACUACGUUCAACUUAGGUACAUCCAAUAAGCAAAAGCUAGCCAAAGACCAAGUUGCAUUGCCCUUCCUGGAGGCGCAAAGCUUUGGACAAGGAGGCGCUAUUGUUUAUGAAUAUGAAAAGGAUGAUGACUACGAUGAGGAAGAUCCAUACGAGGAUCCCUUUUAG